GUGUUAAUUUUGUUUUUGUAGCCUUGUUGCCAUAUAAAUUUGCCUUGGGCAUGUUUUAUAACUUGGAAUACGGUUGUAAAUAAAAAAAUAGAUUUCUGUAUUUGUAAUUUCUAAAUAACAAAGGAUUUAAAUAAGUAUACGGUCAUAAUUCCGGCUACUAUUCCAAGAAGUUUUUUUUAACGCUUCCGCCAAACGGCAAAUUGCAUUCUUGAAACGUCAACAACACGAAUAGAGAACGUCUAAAAUAAAUAAUAAUAAAUCCAACAUUACUACAACGGGUUGUAUACUGUGAGGGCAGAAAGUUGUUUUGCGUAAUUUUCUGUUGGCGCAAUCUAUAAAAUGUCGAGCUUUCGGAAACGGCAUGUGCAAAAACCAGUACCAGGCACACGGACUAGUCCGCAAACAGGACAGAUAAUAACUUCCAGUGGAAAUCCAUCGUUUGAUGUUAUUUUUGGAGGUGGCUUGCCUGUUGGCUCAAUAUGUCUAAUUGAGGAAGAUAAGUACGUAACAUUUUCAAAGGUUUUAGCGAAAUACUUUAUUGCGGAAGGAGUAGUUUCAGGACAGUCGGUUUUAUUAGGAAGUUUGGAUGAUGAUCCACAGGAAUUAAUGCGCAAAUUGCCAAAACCACUCAAUGAUGAUGAAGUGGAAAUUGAAAAAUCUACCGAGCAAGAAAACGGCGAGUUCUCUCAAAAUGGUUUACGAAUUGCAUGGCGCUACAAUGAUCUUCCACCAGUAAAUUCGGAACAAAUACCUAGUAAAAUAGGGCACCAUUUUAAUUUGAUGGAACAUAUGGAUAAAAAUUUGUUAGACUUUGUCGACACUCUAUUGUGGAAUGGCAAUUCAUAUGUUAAUUCAGAUGAAGUAGACGAUGAUUAUGAUUGUGGGUUAGGUGAUGAAGAUAAUGUAUUUUCCGCGAUUGAAUCGAAUACAGAGUCCAAAGAUGAUACUGAUCAAAAUACGACGAGUAGCAGUAGUGGAAGCAACAUCAGUUGCAAAGAAGUUGAUUUAGAACAGGAAAGAAUUAAUGCUGCAGCAGCUCUACUAUCCGGUAAUUCCAAUGAAACUCUCCGGAUUCAAAAUGCAACUAAAUUGCAAGUCGAUGCUGUGCAGCCUCCUAUUAUUUUAGGCCAAAAACAAAAUAAUAAUUGUGAAAAAAUCUUCAAUAAUUCAAAAUAUCAACGUUUUCUUAAAUUAGUCCAAUCAUUUGCCAAGGAGGAAAAAUUUUCAUCGAGUACAUUGGUUUAUCGUAGCCUUUGUCGUAUCUGCAUUACAUCACUGGGAUCGCCACUUUGGUAUGAUGAAGAAUUUCCGAAAAACAUUUUAAAAUUUCUAACAGUGUUAAGAGGCAUAGUAAGGAACUCAGUGUCGGUUUGUUUUAUCACUAUGCCUAUGCAUUUGAUAUCUAAAUAUGAUGAGUCACUUGUUCCCAAAAUACGGAACUUGGUGGACUACGCCAUUGAAUUAGAAUCAUUUAGCGGAUCUGAACAUGAAACCAACAACGCUUUUAAAGAAUACAACGGUCUAAUACAUUUACACAAAAUUACAGCUGUUAAUACACUUACUGCCUAUAUGCCAGAAACUUCCGAUUUAGCAUUUAAGUUACGUCGAAAGAAGUUCGUCAUUGAAAAGCUUCAUUUGCCACCAGAAAUGCAAGAAGAUAUCAAAGAAAAUAUGCAAACAUUUAGUUGCAGUGGUGGAUCUUCAGCCAGUGCUACGUCAAUGGAUUUUUAAGUUCACUAUUUUUUGCUAUGCAAAUACAAUUUCGUUUAACAAAAGGAAAAAAAGUAUUUUGGUUCUUUGUUGCAGCAUAACAAUGAAAAAUCCAAACUUCAAAAUGUGCAGAUAUACAUAAUUUUUUUUUUUGCCUGCCGUUAUAUAAAAUAAAGCAAACAGUGUGUUUUUUCAAAAAAUAAA